AUGGACGCAGGAUCCGAACUCACCUUCGUCACGGAGAAUCUCAUCCGGCAGCUCAACAUCCCUCGUCACUACUCAAGUAUUGUCGUCACUGGAAUUGCAGGCAAGGAGUGUACUCGGACACGAGGAGUCGUGUCACUCACGUUACGCUCGACACAUUCCAACGCAGCUGCCACAAUUCAAGCUCAUGUCCUGCUGACAGUUACAUCAAUCUUACCAUCGUUCGAGGCAGAACCGGAAGAAUGGCCGCAUCUCAAGAACUUGGCAUUAGCCGACCCUGAUUUUCUCAUCCCGCGGCCAGUUGACAUCCUCAUCGGCGCAGACGCUUACGGGCAAAUCAUCAAGCCCAAUAUCAUUCGGCAUUCUCCACUCAUACCGAUAGCGCAACUCUCCAUUUUCGGAUGGCUCGUUCUUGGACCAGUCAAUCGGGAAGCAACACGCACAUCAACGCACCAGGCUUCCACUCAAGUCAACGAGGAUGCUCUCAACGAGUUACUGACAAAAUUUUGGGUUCAAGAGGAAGUACCUACUCACGAUGUCACUCAGCUCACUCCUGACGAGCAGAGGUGCGAGAAGCACUUCAAUACUACACACUCUCGUGAUUCUUCAGAGAGGUACAUCGACAGGAUUCUACUCAAUUCACCAGACGAUCUUUUGGGUGAUUCUUACAACGUCGCUCAUCAAUGUCUGAAGGGAUUACGCAGACGAUUCUCAAGGGAUGUGAACUAUCAACGUCUCUAUCAACAAUUCAUGAUGGAUUACGAGACGCUCAACCACAUUACGAAGGCAUCAUUCAUCUCCAGUCAUCGCUCACAUUUUCACCUGACACAUCACGGUGUUCUCAAGUCGGCCAGUAUUACAACGAAACUGCGGGUGGUUUUCAAUGGCUCUAGCGCAUCCACAUCAGGCUACUCGGUCAACUACCUCAUGUACACUGGAGCAAAGCUACAUCUGAACAUCUCAGAUGUUCUACCUAGGAUACGUAGACAUCGUCACAUUUUCGCUACGGACAUCACCAAAAUGGACAGACCGAUUCAGAUUCACAAGGAUGACUGGGAGUUACAGCGGAUACUCUGGAUGGACAAUCAGCUCAAUGAGGUGCCAUAUCAUUCAACAACGGGCACUUACGGGACGAAGGUUGCACCAUUCUCAGCCGUACGGACCUUGUUACAAUUAACAAAAGACGAAGGACAUAGUUUCCCACUGGCUGUGCCAGUUAUCACUCACGGCAG